GAACUAAACUCAAUUCCACAGCAGUUUUUAGAAACCAGUCGUAAACAGUCAGUAGACUCACUCGUCACCUUGUGAGAGCUCGUAUUUCUAGUUAUAUUUUGGCUGUUUUGACACUUUGACAACUCAUACAGCUUUUUUUCUUUUAAAUUUUAAAAAAAAAAAAAAAAAAACACGCUGGGCUUGGUGUUAUUUCAGCGUGCUGAGCUGUUCAGUCAGACAGAGACUGCCGGUGAGGUGAGUGGACUAUGCUCACCUCGCACCACCUCACUGACUAAACAGAAAUGUAGCUACUUUACCGAGCAAGAGAAACAGCAAAAACACGACUUUUAUUCCAGUUCUUAGGUUUACACUGAGCGCUAUCCUCGCCUGCUCCAGAGUUAGCCGUGUGGAGAGCUGACACGACCGUCCCUGAGCCUUCGGGAAAAUCCUGCGUCGUGAAACUCUCUCAGGCCUCAGGCUUUGCUUAUGGAGAUCCAGGUGGCACAUCUACCCCCGUCCGAGUCUGAAGAGUGUCAGAAGCGCUUUCAGGCGGCUGUGGAUGUCAUCCAGAACCUGCCCAAAAACGGUUCCUACAGGCCUUCAUAUGAAGUGAUGCUGCGUUUCUAUAGCCUGUAUAAACAGGCUGUGUGUGGACCUUGCACCGCAUCUCGCCCGGGCUUCUGGGACCCUGUGGGUCGCUACAAGUGGGAUGCUUGGAAUCGGCUUGGUGACAUGAGUCGUGAGAGUGCCAUGGCUGCUUAUGUUGAUGAAAUGAAGAAAGUUGCUCAAGAGGUUAUAAACAAUAUGCCCAUAAAUGAGAAGACGGCCUCUUUUUACCAUUAUUUUGAGCCACUCUACCAUGUCAUUCAUGAUCUGCCAAGACCACCAGAGGCACUACUGAGUCUGAGACAAGAUAUAAAUGCAAAUGAAGCAACUAAAAAUCCAGGUGAGGACAUGGAUGGUGCUAUACAAGAAGAAAUAACUCGAAAACACGAGCAAAAGGUGUAUCUUGAGCCUGUCCUUAACAAAGGACAGAGUGAAAGUUCAGACGUGGCUCUGUUGGAUGGUCUGGUGCUGACUAGCGACUCCGAGAGUGAAAUUUUCUGUGACUCAGUGGAGCAGCUGGACUACAUUAAGCCAGGUCCUGAGCCAUACAGCGAGCAGAAUCGGCAUGUGAACUACACACCUACCCUCCAGGUGACCCAGCUUGGUGCUGGGCAGGGUGGAGAGGGGGCUGGGAAUGGAGCACCACCGAGGAGGAGGGAACAAGUAAGAGACGGAAUGAGGCAUGGUUGGAGGGAAGCUCCUGGUGGUGUUCCGUACAGCAGCGGUAGACGAGCAAGGCAGCAGGCAUCAGGUGGAGGAGGAGGACACAACCCUGACAGAGGGACUGAAGGACUUCAGGACACACAGGUGCAGGAGCAGAUCAUAUUGGUGCUACAGAGGCUCAGAGAGGACAUGCAGAGCGUGAUGGAGCGACUGGAGGUGGUCGAAGGCUUGGCUGCAGCUAAUGCUCAAAAUUCACAGUGGAGUCACAUGCAGUUAAUAUCUCCACAGACUGAGGUGGAGAAAUGGUGGCCAUUUGAUGUCUCUGGGCGAACUCUACUGCUGCUUUUGAUCUGGCCUUUCAUUGCUCAGGGAAUGAUAUUCUGGCUACGGCAGAGGAAGAAAAAGCCUCAAAAGCUUGUGUGUCUAUAAUAUGAAUGUAUCUUGUACAACGAAAUCAUACUACAUAAUGAUCAGUAUAGUAUUUUAUGGUGAGGUUCAGGUGCUUAAAGAAACCAGGGAUGCUUUUAAAAUAAUUUAUUUCAGAAUGAACAACCUAAUGAAUCCUCUAGAGAGAUUCUUUUGACAUGAACUCCAUUCUCUGUUUUCCUAUUCAUUUAGCACCUAUCUGUGAGCUUAAAGUAAAGCUUUUACAUGGGCAAAGUUUUACUAGAGGAGGAGAGCUGCAAUGACGUCAUCUACCAUAAGAAAAACUAAUGUGAAUCUUAAUGUUACUCUUAGAAGGUACAUCAUGCUUAUUGACUGCACAAACUGUUGCGGUUCAUUAUUAUUAUUAUUAUUAUUAUUAUCAUUGUUAUUGUUAUUAUUAUUAAGACUCCAGAAUGAUGUCAUUUUUUUAAAAAAUGGGAUAAAUCCGUACUCAUCAAACUUACUUAGAUGUUAGCUUGUACAGAUGUUAUAGAUUUCCAACCCUGUUAAACAGACUUUAUUUGUCUGAAAGUCAUUAUACAAAGGGUCAGAAUGAAUACACCAGCAUAACGUGUACGUGUAAGAGUUCCUAAUCAGGAAAGCCUUAAAUUACACGUAUGGCCUUCUGGUGGAUUUCAGAGUGGGAUCAAAUAUCAGAGCUGACUUAAUUCACACUACAUCUAACACUGAGAAAUGCUCGAGAAAAGCUUUUAAUGCAUUACUCUUCAUCUACAAGUGCAUGUAUUAAACUAACACGUGACAACGUGAUGCAUUUCGUCUUUUUAAUGCAAAUGUGCUAAGAUCGAGCUAAAGGGAAUCAAAAGGAGUAGAUUUGCAUGAGUGUAUUGAGUGAAAAGGAUUUAGUUUUUAUUUGCUCUUUGUAACAGUUUGCAACAGUUUUGGAUACAUGAGUGGGAGUAACAGGGAUUUUAUUUUUUUUUAAUGUACAUGCUCGUAAUGUAUCUUACAAUUCAUUCAAAUACUGCCAUAAAUACUGAAUUAUGCAGAA